AGAAUUCCCAUUCCAGCAUGAUCACUUCCGUUAUUUUUCAGAAUGCUCAUUCAUUGGUCCGGUGCUUGACCGCUUGUCACUGCACUUGUAAAUGUGCGUGCCCAUCGUAAAGUCGUUGUCUGCUUGUUCACCAAAAUCGGUUCAAACACAGCGCAGUUACGACAGUGAGUGGACUUUAUUGAGGUAUAGCAGGUACAUCGUCAUCAUAGGUUAGGAAGCCGGUCAAGAUCUCCACAUUCACCUUCAUUCUCAUAGAUAACCUGGUCCUCCAUAGCGCACUGCAGAAUGGGAUCCAGACAGGGUGAUAUACCAGCACUGGAGUCUGGUGUAUCGGGGGGAUUCUUUGGGGGGUUCUCGUCCCCCAUUGGUAUGUCCAGACGAGCCUUUAGCUAUGACGAGGCCCUGGACGCUCCCAUGCACUCCCCUCCCUCUGACAUGUGUGUCAACAACCCAUGGAAGGACCCUCUCAUCCCACAGAGGAAGUUCAAGAGGAUUGUUGAGGAGGACGAGAGUGGCACUGAGAAGACACUGAACUUCUCUGCCAGUCAGUUUAACGUGGCAACAGCAGCAGUACCGGUCAAGCCCCCUGUCCCUGUUGUCAAGGCCAAAGCCUCCUCUCUCAUGAACACACUCAGGAUCAAGCACAGCCAGGAGAGCCUCCAGAGGUUUGAGCUCCAGGCAGGGCUAACAGAAGCUGGCUACACCCCCCACAAGGGCCUCUCUGCAGAGGAAACACGAUUCCACCGCCUGGCUGAGGGGCAUAUGCCUAAGCUGAGAAUGCCAAGCGGGGACUUCAAGGAGGACAGGCUUUCGACAUCAGCGCAAUCCACCCCUUCCGGGACCCCCUCCGUUACCCCCAGCGUCAGUCCCCACGCCUCACCGAUACUCAACCGCAGGAGCUGGUUCAACAGCCUGAGUCCAGCACCGUUUCUCACCACAUCGGAGCUCGGCAGUCCUAACUUCAGCCCAGAAAUGGGAGGCAAUGAGGGAGGAGGAGCAGGAGGGGAGAGGUGGAGCUUCUUUGGAACUUCUCGCCCAGUAGUACAGAAGUCCUCUACUGACCCUGGUUCAGAAACCAACACAGGCUUCACACUACAGUCGUACUUUGGCGUGCCAAAGUCCAACACCACGGAAGGCAUUAAGACCCAGGUCAACCUCAUGGUGGAUGACCCCGCCAAGUUCAACCCCCCCAAGAUCGAGAUCAGCGGCAUCGAGGGCAAGAGACCCCCCCAGACUCGCCCACACAAACUCAAACCCCGGGACAUGAACGUCCUGACGCCAUCAGGAUUCUGAUACCCCCAGGAGCCCCUUCUCCUGAAUUCUACCAACCCUCGCCCCCUGUCGGCCAGUAGCUGGUCUACUACCCUCCUCUGUCUUCUCGGCCUCUAUGGAAGCCCUGAGACGGAGAAAAUGGAGAAGCUACAGAACUAUCCCCCUAUUCCCUAAACCUUACUCUUCUACCUGAUCCUAUUCCUGCUGAUGGUGAACCUAUUAUAGACAUCUCCCUCUUUAGUGCCAACCCUCCUUGGUCCAAUUAAAGCACCAAACAAAGUAUUUCCAACCACCUCGCCUCAAGAGGGUCACUUCUUCAGUUUCUGGGUACUUUGGCAUAUGGAGCCCGGUUGCCAUUGUCAUCUGCGAUGUCAUGAGAUUGAAAUGGUGGUUUUGAUGUCUCAUGAGUCACUGAACCAGUACCUGGGCUUGAGGAGACCGUGAAUAUGAUGAGAUCUUCUCUGACGCUCAGGAUCCUUCAAGUCAAUGUCCCAUUAACCGGCUCUGCAAAUGUUAUGUCAAAAUCCAUUCGGUACUCACCACAAUAUGGCGUUUCGCAAAGCAACUAUCGUCGUUACUGCCGUUACACAUGGCGUUUACCUCCUAAAAAUGUGUUUCGGCAUACUGUACUGCUGCUGGAUCAGCCGACCUGUGCGUGGCAGUAAUGAGUCAUUGGAUUUGACGCAUGCGCAUUUGGUUUUUUUUUGGAAAGUACAUACUGUGCGUAACGGCAGUAUGAAGAUAGUUGCUCUGUGAAACGUGAUAUUGUGGUGAGUACUGAAUGUAUUUUGACAUAACAUUUGCAGAGCCGGUUAAUGGGACUUUGAAUUGAAGGAUCCCGUGCGUCAGAGGAGAUCUUGUCAUAUUGUCUCCUUAAGCCCAGGUACUGGUUCAAUCUGUCCCCUGCUCUGACUAACAAAAACCGCCAUGGUUCAUUAUAUUGAACUCCCUCUCGCUAAAAGCACUGUACAGCCCCCAGCCAAUGCAAUUUCACUCAACUAGACUCCAUCACCUCUGACAGUCUUAUGCUUUUGUAGUUUGAUAGUUUUGUAUAGUUAUUUUGUGGAGCAGUGAGUGUGGUCUUCCUGAUGUUGUGCCUAAGCUUGCUUCUGACAUCUGCAAUAUCAGACUUUUUAUUUGACAGUCUUAGUACUAUUACUUAAGUUAGUUAUUGGAUGAGAGCGUGGCUACUGCUAACCUGGAAUUAAAAUAAAUAAAUAAUAUAAAAUCCAGAUAUUAUGUUAUUGGUAUUAAAUGGUGUGUUAUGAUGAUAUUUCCAUAUACAAGUCUGUAAUGCUUUAAGAAUAUAUUGAUAUGAAGGCCUAUGCAUUGAAGUAGUCAUUUGAAAUGUGUUUUUUAUAUGAACUAUUAUUUUAGAAUCAAUACUGAUUUUGCAAGAUGUUUAUGAAUUCCAAUAGUUCGUUGCACAAGGGAUAGCUUAUCCCACUGAAUUCAGCUGUAAAUAAACUCAACACAAACAAAAUUA